AUGGGAAUUAAUUUAUCAUUGCCUAAACAGAAGAGAAAAAAGACAAUAGUUGAAGAUGUUUAUAAAAAAGACUCAUUAGAUAAUGAGAGCAAAAACAUUUUUUAUAAUAGUGAACAAGAGUUUAAAUAUAUAGGCGGUCGAAAAUUUUACGAUGUUAAUGUUGCACCAUAUGUAUUACCUGCGGAUAUUGAAGAAGAUGAUCGUAUCCAUCAACAGCAUUUCGCGCUUAAACACAUUUGUGGAGGUAAUUACACGGCGCCGAUUCAGGAUAUAAUAAAACCCGGAAGUAGGAUACUGGACUUGGGUUGUGGUCCAGGCCAAUGGACAUUAGAAAUCGCACAAGAAUUCCCAUAUGCACAAGUAUAUGGUAUCGACAUAAGCGCGAAUUUCCCAACUUCAAUUAAACCGUUGAAUUCACAUUUUAUAGUUGGUGAUGUCACUGAAGGCUUACCUUGGGAAGAUAACUAUUUUGAUUUUGUUUGGAUACGAUAUUUAUUCGUUGGAAUAAAGGAUGCAGAUUGGCAGAAUUUAUAUCGUGAGGUUAAGCGUGUAUUAAAACCAGGCGGAAUACUUGAACAUCAUGAAUGUGAUGGACUUACCGAAAAUCCUGGACCAAAACUAAAGAAAAUUUUACACCAUAUAAAUGAAGGGCUCUCUUCACAUGGUCUAAGCUUUCGAUUGGCAUGUCAACUAAGUGAGCGAAUUACGAUGGCUGGAUUUAAAGACCCACAGCCAUCAUGCAUAUCU